UUGGCGUGUGUGUGUGUGUGUGUGUGUGUGUGUGUCCACUGAUAGUUAAUUCUCCUGCUCCUCUCUGUUUGUGUCUCUCUCUCUCAUACACGCUGAUGAUGUUCAAAUGUCUGCAGGAAGGUUAAAAUGGCAGAGUGAGUAUGCAGGGGGAGUGGGAGCGCCGUCUCGUGGUGAUUAGCCAGGGCACUUCCAGAGCUGGAUUUAUGGCACGCAGCUGUUGAGUGGCUGACAAACGUGUCAGGGGCUCAAGCACUGCUGCUUCUCAAGCUGCUCAUACUACCAGCUCGAGCUCUGCUUACUGUUGCGUAGGAAAGAGGACUGCUGUGCCUGAACACACAACGGCCAGCAGAUGGUGCGGGAGCAAUAUGUCACCACCACCCAGGGCAGCAGCUCGCCCAGGCCGGUGCCCGACCACGUCUACAAGAUCGGCAUCUAUGGCUGGAGGAAGCGCUGCCUCUACCUGUUUGUCCUGCUGCUCAUCAUCAUCCUGGUGGUCAACUUCGCCCUCACCAUCUGGAUCCUCAGGGUGAUGUGGUUCAACACAGAAGGGAUGGGACUCCUACAAGUGAACUCAGAUGGGGUCAUGCUGGAGGAGGGCGAGUCAGAGUUUCUAUUCCCCGUCUACGCUCAGGAGAUCCACUCCAGAGAAGACUCAUCACUUCUAGUGCAGUCAUCGGAAGAUGUUUCCCUUAAUGCCCGUAAUGAAAAUGGUGAUGUCACAGGGAGGAUAUCUGUGGGUCCAAAAGAGGCUCAGGGACAUGCUCGAAAUCUGCUCAUUAACUCCCACAAUGACAACAUGCUGUUCACUGCAGAUGGCGACCAGGCAGUAAUUGGACCAGACAAACUACGAGUCACAGGUCCUGAAGGAGCACUCUUCCAGCAUUCAGUAGAGGUGCCCCUGCUGAAAUCUGAACUUUUGAAAGACCUGAGGUUGGAGUCUCCUACUCGCUCUCUCACUAUGGACGCACCAAAAGGAGUUCAUCUCAAAGCGCUGGCGGGCAACAUUGAAGCUGCUUCCAACAUGGAUGUUAUUCUGCAGUCUAGUAUAGGCCUGCUGGUGCUGGAUGCUGAGACGGUGCGCAUGCCGAGUCUGCCCCUGAGCGAAGGAGGGGUUUCUGGAAAUGCUCAGGGUCUCUUCGAGGUCUGCGUCUGUCCCAGCGGCAAGCUCUUCCUGUCUAAGGCUGGGGUCACCUCCACUUGCAGCGAGAAUCAGGAGUGCUAGAAAGACUCUGACAAGGUAAUCGAUUUUCCAUCUCUCAGUAGAUGCAUCUUCUGGGAGGCAACAAGCACAACUGUUUAAAUCUGGUCUGAUCCCACUGGCACAUCGAGGCCUGUACAAAUUGAAAUGCCUGCUGGCGUACAUGUUGGAGAUGUCAUGAAAUGCAUCCUUUUAGUUGCAUUAUGACCUUCUAACCAUUCAGCUGAAACAAAUUGGCACUCAGUUCCAAAUGUAUCUGCAUCAGAGCUUUGUGGAGGAUUUUUUUUACACGGACAGUAUAGUAUCAUGGCUGGGCAAUGAGGAGCUGGUAACAGCUUACAUUCUAUGCAAUAUUAUCUUGUGGUGCAAUAAUUAAAUUGACACCUAUCAAGGGCUUAGAAUAAUCUUAAAAUAAAUCUCUCAUAUGAGGACAGAAUGUCAUUAAAAAUAUUUAUUUUGGUUUAAGUAUGCCCUUCUGGCUCUAAGCCCUUGGUAUGUAGUUUUUUUUAAAUGUUUUAGCAUAUUAUUAUUUUUAUUAGCAAAUAUUUUGUCAUUGUCAUAGUCACUUCAGAGAUUCACAGAUGGAUUUUAUAUCCGUUUCUUUGUUAACUUAAAUUCAAAAAGCACUAGAACACUAGACAACAGACUUGUUUCUUGUUUUGUUCCAACUCCUUUUAUAGGGUUGAUAUUGAAAUACCAUGUGCUAAGUGUUACUUGUGUGGUAUCACGUGUGUAAUUGUGUUUUCAUUUAGUUUAUAAUAUUAUGUAUGUUUGGCCUGUGUUUUUAAGCCCCGCAUAAGCAUUCAAUUAUACAUUAGCUACAAGACAGACAGUUUUUCUUGCAAGUAAACUGGUCUGUGUUUAAGUUAUCUCAAUUACAGCCAAGGGUCUAUGACUAACAGUGCAUUCUUUGACCACGGCAACAUGGAAGCAAAAACAAAACAUUUCUAAUAAAGGUCCUAUCAUUGUGGGUCGUUUAUGAUUCUUAGUGUGAACGUUUUGCCUUUUGGGCCAAAUAUGCCUUUAUUUUAUGAUUUCUACACAAUAUGCAUGACAGGUAAUAAACAACAUUUGCGUCUGUUGUAAGAUUAAGAUUCUCAGUUCAUUACGUCAAAAAAGGCAAUAUUUUGUAAUCAUGGUUACAUUGAGUUUAGCAUCAAUUUUUCAGAAAUACAGUUUUUAGCAUAAGUAAUAUCUCAUGGCGUUAUCAGUAUUGAUAAGUAGAUUGCAAUUUCUCACAUAUGUUCUGGCAUAUUUUGAUAAAGUGUGUAAUGUCUAUUUAUAAGUUUUUUGUAUGUUGAAUAAACUUUGUGCUAUUCUU